AUGGCGAGAUACCUGACCGAUGUAAUCGAUGCCAGAUUCGCCCCGCGCUCCAAGGACACUCUCGUCCUAUAUUACUUUUGCGACUACCAAGACGAUAAAAGAAACACAGAGAUAACUGUCCUUUGCGGCUUAAUUUACCUUCUCUUGAAACGACAGCCGGAUCUGAUCAAACAUUUAUUGAGAGACUUCAAAUUCUAUAGUCAAAGCUCCGGUCUCUUCAGCAGGGCGAACAGAGAUGUCCUAUGGAGGAACUUCAUGGUGCUCUUAUCCACGGUCGAGGAACCCACUGUGUUCUGUGUGCUGGAUGGCCUUGAUGAAGUUGGAAAAGAACCGUGUCAAUGGUUACUCCAAAGGAUAAACGAGAUCACAAAGCGGCCUAUUUCCGACCAAAUUACGAAGUUUAUUGUUACCAGCGCAGACUUCGAUCCAAAACUUCAUGAGCUAUCUAAGGUUGCCGAUAUAAAUCUGGACCCUAGGUAUAACCCUGGGGUCAAGUCAGACGUUGACCGGUUUAUUGAUGUAAAGGUUGAUGAGCUCGCAAUCCAUGGGCAGUACAAUGCGGAUCUGCGGAGAACCGUGAGAGAACACCUCAUUCAGGGAGCCAGUGGGACGUUUUUAUGGGUUGCAUUCGUUGUCCCUGAACUGAUGGAAAUGCCAACGCAGCAGGUCGAAAGGACCCUAACACAGUUUCCGAGGAAGCUGACUAACAUCUAUAUGCGAAUGCUCGAAAUUAAAGUGCCAGAAAAUGAACGUGCUGUCGUUGCAGGCAUUUUACAUUGGGUUGCGGUAGCGGUACGCCCAUUGACGUUGACAGAGCUAGCAACUGCCACACAUGUGAGCAAAAGCCGGCUCCAACACUACAUCACAUCAACUGGCGGAUUCUUGAAGCUGUCCAAGUCAGAAGAAGCGUUUUUGGAGCCGACUGUGCGAUUUAUCCACAGCUCGGCGAAGGGUUCUCUCGUGAACCUGCGUGUGGGAAACACUCCGUUUCGCGAGCUUUACCUUGACCAGACGCAGGUACAUUUACGGGUAGCUACAAGGUGUUUCGAGUAUAUCCAAUCUAGUCCUUUACAGGAUGAAUGGAUAAAUCUUCGUCAUAACCGUUCGUACCUAGCCAGGCCGUUACCCUUACGUCAGUAUCCUCUUCUGGAUUAUGCUACUCGAUACUGGCCGGAACACGCCCGUCUGUCAUCACCCGAAAUAGUGGACAUGUUCAGACGAUGGCCGAAUUUCUGCGACCGACGCUCUAUUAUCCGGGAUAACUGGCUCAAGACUUAUUGGUCCGACUCUCCACUCGAGUGGAAUACGCCACGCAACUUUGAACUGAUACACCUUGCAGCUUUUUGUGGAAUUAUUCCUUUACUCGAAUCUGAGACAGUGCCCCGACUGCUGGGAUUUAACAUACUCUAUCGAAAAGUCAACCGAACGUGCGAUCACAACAUGACAGCCCUUCACUGGGCCUCGCGCAACGGCCAGACAGCAGCAGUAGAACGGCUAUUGCUUAAGGGAGCCUCAAUAAACGGCAAGGGGUACGGAAUGACCCCGCUGACCUGGGCAAUCCGCAACGGGCAUUUAGAAACGGUGAAUAUCUUGCUGGCCAAUGGAGCUAGUGUGGACGAGAGGGAUUAUGGCAUGACCUCGCUGAACUGGGCAGCCUGGGAAGGACACCAGGAUAUCUGCACAGCUUUACUAAACAAGUGGGCCGAACUUGACGCACCCACCACACAAGGGAAUUCCGCCUGGCUAGUUGAUGCAAAAUCUAGCUCCGGAGAGUUUCCCUGGAGGAGCGCAAUGGAGGCUGCUAAUUUAUCCCGGCAGUCUGAAUGGGUUGAAGAGCAGUGGCAUGCUAGAGAGAGCGUGAUACCGAACCUAACAAUUGCUCUUUCAUACGCCGUGUUGGCUCUCAACCUGCAAGUUCUUCAAUAUGUCGGAUCCCUGAUAAUGUCUCGCUCACGGAACUGGUUCUGGUUGAAUUCUCGACAAGGGAACAUUGGUGGACAGGAAAUAUGCUGGGCAGCCGUUACACCUGUGGGUCGAGCGCGCCUGCUACUUGAUUUAUUUAAGGACUGGCGCUAUGUCGUUUCAAAGCUUACUCGGGCAUGGAGAGAAAUUCCAUAUCACAUUGUUGGUUCGCAAUGUGCUUUGUUAUGCUUCUGGCUAUUUGCACACUGGCAUGGUCUCACCACAUACGCGCUGAGCGCCCUGGUAGCGGGCAGUGUUCUCGUUACAAUUCCCGUCUACGUGAUACUAUUCUCAGUUAAUCGUCUGGAAAUCGCUCUUUUUCUGCCCUACGCCGUAACGCCCAUAUUCGCAAGUGGUAUGCCGAGUGCACACAGAUCAAUAUGGCGCGUACUCUUCGGUCUACUCGGGAUCGGUCUAGGUGUUUGUCACUGGUAUGGUUAUGGAUUUGCAGUCAAUUACUAUCCCUACUCAUGUUACGCAUUUUGGAUCGGCGUGGAGCUCAUCAGGCUGGUUUGGGUUAACAUCAGCAAACGCAGUGAUGGCUUUACGUCUCUACAUCUUGCUGCUUCGCGAGGCCACGACAGCGUUGCUAAACUCCUUCUUCGCAGCGGUGCAGAUAUAGAUGCGAAAGACGAUGCGGGCCGUACCGCUUUACAGAUUGCAAUAGCGAACGGAAAUAUAUCGGUUGAGCGUGUAAUACUAGAGCACGAACUGGCAAAGAUAUCACCAGGCCGGGUUCCAGGCUCGACAGCCUUACAACUUUCGGUUGCGUUGGGACGCCUUGACUUGGUGAGGGACUUGAUGACCAAAGGAUGUGAUCCCAAUGAAACCGACUUGGAAGGCCACACGACUCUUCACUCGGUGGCGUAUUUUGGACGCACAGCCAUGAUUGAAUUUCUUUUCGAAAAAACCACGCCCCCGAUCCAUGGAGCCAACACGCUUGGAGAGACUCCCUUACACCUUGCCUGCAUUGGCGGGCACCUUGAUAUUGCCAACUGGUUACUAGGACACGGCGCGAAUCCAUUUAUUCUCACUGGAUACGGAUUUUCGCCGUUGCACUAUGCAAUUUUACGAGGCGAUCUCGAGGUGUCAGCUCGAUUAGCUUCUAUAGACAACCUUGUCAAUCACUGCGGGGCACGCCGAGUUACGCCACUUCACCUUGCCAUCCGUUACAAGAGGGCGGACAUUUUGGAGUGCUUGCUUCAAUUAAACGCAGAUCCAGACAGGAUUGAUAUGUUUGGCCGCUCUGCUUUUGAUUACGCUAGUAGUGCGACAGCACUGUUCAACAAAAUGGAGGAAGCCCGAGGUAGUUACAAAAUGACUACUAUUUCAACCAGACAUGACACAUUACGCAACACGGUGGGCAUACUAUCUGAAGAGCUACGAGGCAAUCCGCUUGACCUCGACCGCCUGGCAGACCUUGGAUAUGCACUCCUCAACUUGGGAAAGCAAGACCAUGCUCGAACAGCUUAUAAAUAUAUCUUCGCUGUGGCUGGAAACUUUCUCUGUAUGAGGGGUUGUACUGUGGUGCCAGGGUGCCAAAACCAUGAGUACCUGCAUGUUCCAGUGGAUGAUGUACUACGUUCGCCCGAUUUGGAGCAAAGCCAAAUCCGCCACGCUCAACUCGAGUGGCUCGAGGAGCUACAGCGUGAAGUGAACUAUAAUGAUAGGGAAUAG